UUGUGAGUGAGUGUGUGUAUCGGCGCACACUCACUCACACACACGAGGACAAUGAAGUCACGGUUAACCAUUUACAAAAAAAAAAAUCUGUCAACACGGUUAGACAUUUUUGUAAACGUUCACAUCCCUGCGUUCUUCUGACUGCAGUUUCUCAAAUCUCUGUUACUGUUGAUAUGUUUUUCAUAUUAAUUAGUUCAAGACAAGUAAUCAAACCAACUAACUAACCACUAUUUUUUCCUGUUCCUUUAGGAUGGAGGCAACUGUUAGGGUGAAAUAUAAGGACAGAAAGAAGUACUUCUUCCUAACAUCACCUUUUCAAUUCGAAGUAUUUUUGGAAAGUGUUGCCAAGAAGUUUGAUCUACCCACCCUGGAUAUUAAAGUCUAUGAUGAAACCAGGACCGAAAUCGAUGAUGAGGCAUUCGAAUACAUUCUAAAACAACAGGAUAUUGGGGUUUUAGAAAUUGUGAUCCCAACAGCAAGCGUUGAUGAUUCCUUCAGUUCUAGUACGAUUGGCGAUGGUGAGGCUUCAUCAGGAUCUGAUGAUACAGCAAUAGUGAUCAGAAAUCCCUCAGAAAAAAGAGAUGCAGAGGAUCGUCGUCUGGGUCGAAUGAUUGAGGACAUCCUCAAGAGUAGCCCUGGAGGUGAUAAGAUCACACAUGAGUAUGCUCACACAAAAACAUUGUCAGAUGUCAGAAGACGUGACCUAGUGAAGAUACUAGUUGCACAUCUGACAAAUGAGCAUGGCACAAGCCCCCCUAGGAGAUUGAAGGAGGAAUACGCCAAAGGAAUCAUCUGCCUUUUUCCUUACUUGGCUGACCCCCUGAGCAAGCUUGGCUAUGUAAGUUACUGCUGCUUUUCUGGAACAUUUUAA